GGCGCAGGCAGUCGGUUGCGAAGCGUAGUGUCGGCUGGUUGUGUUCUGUGAGUGCAUCCACUUGUGUCCAGUGCGUGUCCAAUGUUUCCAUGCAAGGUGCGGGGGCGGCGGGACCGGUCGACGGUCGCGCGCCCGACCUGCCGACCUUACGUACCGUUCACUGCACGCAACACGGUGCUCCUACCAUCGAGUAUAUCCCAGGAUCAGAAAUGCAAAAGAUAAAUACAACACCUGUGCUAUAAUACGGCAAGAACUUACUGUGACACGGACUCUAAUAUUGAUGCAUCUUUAUUUCAAUUUCGGACAUCGCCUUCGGGGAUACGUAUACUAUGUUGGAAUCUACCAGUGGAGAGGCGAAUCAUCGGAGAGAGAAGCAGUGGAAACAAUAUGGCGGAGACGGCUUCCUUAACUAGCGGUCCGAAGUACCAGUACAAAAAGCGCCGACUUUCGCAACUGCUCGAAAAGCUGACGGUGCAAAUACAGAAUAACAAUAAUUACCCGCCUCGUUGGUCAAUGCUAGCCCCUCCUUACUACGAAUCUAAGAUACAGGAAGACGCCCCACUCGAUCUUUCCGUGAAAUCGGAGCAGCCAAAGGUGGAAAAGGAGCCAGGCGGAUAUAGUUGCACCACUUGCGGCCAGACUUUCGCCCUUCAUGAUCGACUCGCCAAACACAUCGCUUCUCGACACGCGGACAAAACUCCUGAAUCAGCGCGCGCCUACGAGUGCGAGGUCUGUCGGCGGCGGUUCGCCCGCUCCGACAUGCUGACACGACACGCCCGCCUACACACUGGCAUCAAGCCCUACUCGUGCUCAGCGUGCGGGCAGGUAUUCUCGCGCUCCGAUCACCUGGCGACGCACCAACGUACGCACACCGGCGAGAAGCCGUACCGUUGCCCCGUCUGCCCGUACGCCGCCUGCAGGCGCGACAUGAUCACGCGUCACAUGAGGACGCACUCGCGCCCGCACUGCCGCCCGCAGCCACGCACUCAACCCGCUGAAAUCUAAACGACCCUUCAACACCCUCAUACGAGCAAUACUCAAACAUACAUUAUAUAGAGAACUAAAUAGUUUAUCGACUUUACAGUUUUUGUUUAACAAAAUAGAUGUAAGUUAAAUUGACACACGUCAGUUUCAGUUUAUUUAGUCACUUUUUAUUAAUUUAACUCCAAUACAACAUGUCCUUUAUCUCUAUGAUUAGUUUACGUUUACCUCCAAUAUUUUCCAAUGCGACUUUGGACCUCUAUUUUUAGUAAUAAGGGCUCGACUUAGUACACAUGUCAGAUUUCUAUUAUUAAUUCGAAAGUGUUGCGAGUACGGUUUAAUUGGGUUUUUGUUUUUACAAUCGUAGGAGGAGUUUGGAGCGGACACGGCUAAUAUACCAUGGGCGAGACCGACAUAUCACAUUGCAACAUGCAGAGCGUUAAAAUAAAUAAAAGUAAAGUUUUUAAUUACUUACCGAUCAUGUAUGCCGUUAUGCGAAUAUAGACCUUUUUUCACAUUUUUAUGCCUGAUGUGCGAUGCGAUGUGUCUGUAACAUUUGUUUAAGCGUUAAAUGAAUAGCAUUUUUAAAUUUUAAUGUUACAUGUUAAUAUAACUAUGAAGUGUUAAUGAUCACGGCUAUGCGUUUAAGUUAUUAUUUGCUUUAUGUACUGUAGGUAUAUUCUUUGCACAAUGCUUACGUGUUAUGUGUAAACAAUUACGUAUAUCUAAUGUAUUUAAUCAUUAACCUGCCCAUGUCCCUACGAAGGGCCGGCACAAUAUGUAUAACUUUAUCGCCUGUCAUAUCUGAAUUCGCUCCUUAAGAUCCUCCUUAACACAAUCCAUCCAUACUUUAUUCGGCCUCCCUCUACCUUUGUAGGGUACACAUUUAAUCUACAUAUAUUCUAUGUCUGUUCUGAUGUAUUUAAUGCCACCGACAAAUGAUGUACACAGCGCCACCUAUCUGCAACUAACCGCGGCAAAUGGCAAUUACAGAUAUUCUAUAUUGAUAUUCUAUUAAGUAUACUUCAAUACUUUGUACAGGUGACACAUCUUCAGCUGUCAUUUGUUGUGCAGCCAACCAAGAAUCUGGUGCUUGCAGACACUGAUGGCAGUACAACUCCCAAUGAAAUGUGCCCUUUUCAAAUCGCCGUAAUGUAACACGUCUCUAUAUAAACUAUUCGUUACAUUUGAUUAAAAUAUAGUAAAAAAAAUAAAUGACGGUGUAAUCGAUUUGUCGCUUAGAGAGUUUUCUUGUAAAUAUGUUAUAUAGAAUCAUGUAGCCUGUAUAUAGCUUUUUCCUAUAACCUGCAUACGAUGGAUGUAAUUCGUCUGAUGAGUAUGCCUGCUGUAGGCUUAAUUUUAGUCCACUUUCCUUUCUUUCCCUUUUUUGUAAUUAAAAUACGGGAAAGGGAAGCAAAUUUUUCGCGAAAGGCGACGCUUAGGAAUGGGAAAUAUCACAAUUGUGCGUUCAUUACUGCGACGAUUAAAGUUAUCUGCAAUUGCGGAUAUUUAUGGGCAACGGCAGAUCGUCUGCUGUAGAACUUAUAACGGUUUUUUAGAUUUUCGAAUUUCCCGACUAAUACCCGAAAUCCUUAUAACGAAAGAAAAUAUCGUAAUGCCUGCAUAUAUCUGCGUAGAAAUUCAAAGAUAUGCGUGAAGUCAAUCAUCUCGCACUGGGCUAGCGUGGUUUACGACCUAGUCACCCCUUAAAACUUAGGAUAGACUCCGAGCCUUUCAUUGGGGACGCAUCACUAUGUACUAUGCACUAGUCACUUCGCUAUUUCAGCGAAUCCAAGUGGCAGAUUGCUCGUUUAGCACCCCAUAUUAUAAACGAGUGUAUAAAAUUGCAAUGUAUUAUUGC